GACACAAAAGACAUUUACAUGUAGAUUAGGUUUGCAGACAUUUCAGGCAUUCUACCCCGGAUACGAUACACGGGAUAAAUCCCUCACGAAUAUUGAUAGCUGGUUUAAUUCAGCAUUUCAUUUUCUGCAUUCUGGAUACCCACUUUCCUAUUCCUCUCCAUUUCCUCUGUUAAUAUCUGGAAAGUCCAUCUUUUUGAAAUGAUUUUUCCUCUUUCAUUCUGCACAGUAAUGUGCCUUUUCUUCUCGGUUAUAGGUUUAAUGCUUUUUAAAAUUAUGAUAUGUAGUAACUGAAAUGAAAAUAUUAAAUAUUUAUCUUGCUUUUCCAAACGUUAUUUAAAAUUAUUCUUUAGCUGCAUGACAUGGUGAUAUGGAGGCAGCUGAGGGAAUCUGUCACAAAGUUGACGUAAAGGAAAACCUGCUGCCAAAGCACAUUGUCACUGUUUACCAAGUUCAAGUUCUAUUUGUCAUUCGCACAAUCUGUCAAGAACAGCUGUACAGUGAAAUAAUUGUGGAGAGACUCAGGUAUUCUACAGCUAUACAUAAAAAGCGGCCUCAAUAAUAAGUACAUAUUGUAAUAAUAAUAACAAGUGCACUGGAUGCAAUAUUCCUCCCUGUCACACCCAACUUCAUAACCAUCCUAAGUGGAUAGUGAGUGAAAAAUAGCUGCCAUGCAUAAUCUGAUCACUAUUUCACAUCCUGGCGCAAAGGCCAGGGAGUGGACUCGACCCGCCUGGCCACUAACAUUACAGCGUUAGCUAAUAAAGAGUAUGCAGCCACAGUUCUCUGAAAGUCUGUCAUAAUCCACUUUUGAAUCAUGUCAAAACUAAGCGUGAGUUUCAAGACUCUCUGAGACAUUCUUUAUCGCCGAAUAAAAACUCCGAGGUGAUCAGAGGGAGCGUCAGUCGCGGCGUGGUCCAUGCAAAGAGAAUCAGAGCGAGCAGCUGUUCUUCUGUAAACUGAAAAACAAAACAGUAUUUACACAACAUGAGAGCUGCAUCUUACACCCAGAAGAGCCUGCAAGUUAGCGGGUCUGGCAGCAGAGUGAGGGUUCAGAGCCCGUCGCCAUCCCGGUGCCGCGGAUCCUCAUACGACAGCCGUGGACGCUCAGGUUAUCGCGGCACCGCCAUCGAGUUGGGCACAGAGAUACAUCAGCAACAUGCCAAUGAGAAAGAGGAAAUGCAGGAACUCAAUGUCAAGUUUGCAGGAUACAUUGAGAAGGUCCAGGCACUAGAGCAGCGAAAUGCUGCUCUUCAAGCUGAGCUGGCUUCCCUGCAGAGCCGCUACAAGGGAGGGCCCACAGGCAUCGGAGAAGAAUAUGAGCUCAAGUUCAAAGAGGUGCGGGAGCUGAUUGAGACCCUGACCAAUGAGAAGGGAGCAGCUGAUAUUGAAAGAGGCUACAUUGAAGAAGAGAUUGACGUGUGGCGACUAAAGCUGGAGGAAGAGCUGGCACUCAAAGAAGAAGCAGAAAUGAUCCUGAGAGAGUUUCGCCAGGACGUUGACAACGCGACACUGCAGAAGGCUGAGCUGGAGAGGCACAUUGAACAACUGGUGGCCGAGAUAGAGUUUCUCAAGAAGCUGCAUGAUGAAGAGGUAGCUGACAUCAUGAAGCAGAUUGAGGAUGCAAAGAUUACUGCCGAAAUGGAUGGCGAUCGUCCUGACCUGGCUGCCUACCUGCGCAACAUGCGUGCAGAGAUAGAGGCCGUCGCUGCCCGCAACGUCCAGGAAGCUGAGAAGUGGUAUAAGACCAAGUUUGACACCCUCAAGGAGCAUGCUGGCAAACACGAAGAACAGAUGAAGACCAUGAAAGAUGAGAUCACGACCUUCCACAACCAGGUGACAGACCUGCAGAACCAGAUUGAUGGGCUGAGAGCUCGCAACGCUGCCCUGGAGCAGCAGCUGGAGGAUAUGGAGAUGUCCCACUUUGAUAAGGUGGGGGGCCUGGAGGGUGUCAUCGCUCAGUUGGAGGCCCAGCUCUGCGAAACCAAACUGGAGAUGACCAAGUAUCUCCAAGACUACCAGGAACUGCUGCACAUUAAGCUCAAGCUGGAUGCAGAGAUCGCCACCUACAGGAAGCUGCUGGAAGGAGAGGAGCAGAGGCUUGGAAUUGCCAAAGAUGUCUAAAUAUCCAGGGCGAGAGGAGCAGGAGGUCCAAAGCAGCAGCAGCAGAGCAUUGUGGAGUGGAGAGAUUAUUUCAUUCUAGUUAAAAAGACUCUAUAUUCUUCCCUAUUGCCUAUUUUUCAACACCAGUGCCAAUAUGACACAUGAGUUUCAGUGCGGAUAGCAAAAUGAUACUUUGCUACCAGCUUUCUGUACUUGACAGUUUUGAUAUUCUGGUGUUACGGGCACAUUUGUCUUUGUAUCAGAAAUUGAUACCCAUCCCUCCCAUCCCUAUCAUUUACUUUGCCACACCCUGAUCCCCGUUAUCCUCACAUAUUUGCUUGCUUCCCAGUUCUUCCUACUUUUCAAAAUCAACCUUCCUUCAUUUUUUCAUUUCCCUAACUCCAGUUCCCCUCCCGUUUCUGUUUUUUCGGCAUCUCUCCUUGUUCCUACCCUUUUCCUUACUCCUGCUCCUACAGUACUCCUGCUAAAUUUAACAACCACCCCUCCUUUUCCUGUCAAGUCGACCCCGCUGUUAUACCUCUGUCGCUUCCCUUCGCUGCAGCUGCUCACUUUUUGCCAUCACUGCUUCUCUUGAUCCAUGUUUCGGAUCCCACCACCUUCACAUUAAAAUACUUUUGUUCUGCCUUGAUGUGUCACAUCUCUGCCCAAACAAAGCAGAACAAAUAGCCUAAGUGUUAUGACUGGUCUUCACAGUCCACCCAGAUUUCCCCUAAAUGUUUUGACAAGACACAACUAUUGACAAUUUACACUAAUGUUGACCAACUGUAACUUAAUAAAGAUUGAAGUGAGUGCAUACAAAAUAA